GAUAUUGUAGAAAAAUCAGUUUUAUAGUGAAUAUAACGUGAAACGUACGUAAUUUAUUGUAAAAAAAAGAUAUUUGCGAAGCUGUGCAUUUAGUUACUGUGUGCUGUGUUUUAUUGCCACAAAAGUGUCUGCUUAGUGCCUAAAACUGACAUUGUGUUGGUCGGUCGGUCUUUGAAAGAACAUGGCGAGACUAACUAAAGUUUAUAAUACGGACGAUGAUGAUUCUAGUUAUGUAGGCAGGAGGCAUUUGCCUUUGGUGGCAGGUGAUAAGCUAAUGAUGCUAAUGGAUCUGAACAGCAAAGGACUUGUUAUUGACAGCCCACAGAUACGGGGACGUGAGCUAGAAGAGUUUUCACGCAAAUUCAAUCUGCUCACAGAGACAGAACGUCAACAAUCUCUGGAGAUUGACAGCAGCGCUUUCAUAUCGGUGCUCAAUCAGUGCGUCCAGUGUGUUGGCUGUCGUCGGCGUGUGGAGCGUUUGUUCUAUCAGCUAACCGUGUCUGGUCAUCGUACUCUCGAUCCGCUGGAGUUGCGGCCCACAGGUACGCUGGGCAUAACGGAGGAGAAGCUGAAAACUCCACAGGCGCUUGGCACGCUGCUUUAUAGGCAUCACGAAGUGCUUAACAAUCUAUUGGACAGCAAGCUGCGUAACAAGACGCGCUGUGUGCUGCAUUCACUGGAUGCGUUUCGUGCAAAGCCCUUCUCGGAGACAUGGCGAGAGGUAUGGUCCGCCAUGAAGAGCAAUUGCCGGACAGAGGUAACCAUAAUUGAAACCAAGGAGCUUCAUGAUGUGCUCGACAAGUAUCUGAAGAAGCACAAGUUCUGCGCCGGCUGUCGCACAAAGAUUGAGCGUGCCUAUAAAAUACUCAUUGGUGAGGUGUCUACCAAGGAAAAGGGCUAUGCGGCUCAGCUGUAUGCGCACAUACGCAAAUGUGUGCCGGAUGAGCAUAUUCAUGUGAGCACAAAUAAAAUUGAGUUCCUUGAUGCGCUUAUCAAGCGUGCCGAGCCGGAGGUGAAUGGUAGCUAUUCCAAGUUGCGUGAACGCCAUGCCAAGACAUUGGAGAUUGCACAGGAGGAGGUGCUCACCUGCGUUGGUAUGAUUAUGUACGAGCGCUUGCGUCGCAUUUAUGUUAGUCUGCGCGAGGAGGAGCGCGCCUGCCAAGUGCUGGCCGCGGUGGGUGUGCAUGCGCUUUGUCGCAGCUUUCAUGAGCGUGUGGAGCAGAAGCAGGGCAUAAGUAAUCUGGAGCUGCUGUAUCAGGAGAUAAGUCGCGCCGAGAAAGCCAAGGAGCUCAAAAAGGAGCAGAAGAAGCUCAAGAAAAAGAAGAAGAAGGAUGAGAAGAAGAACAUGCAUCGCCAAUGUGAAGAGGAUAAUAACGACGCUGUCGAGUCGGACGAGGAAGAGGAGGGAGAUGCCGUGCAGCAUACCGAUAAACCUGAUCCCGAAAUAGGCCAUGUUAAUGCAGAAGAGGAUACCAUCGACGAUGGCAUCGAGGCCGAUGAUGGCGAAACGAAGCUGCCGUUAAAUGCGAAACAAACUACGAAAUCGACAUCGAAAUCGAAGAAGCAACCGAAGAAAAAGAAGCAAAAAUCUGAUAGCAAAAUAGCCAAAAAAUCGUUGAAUGCGGCCAACAGUUGUCACGAUUUGUCCAAGGUGGGCAAAUGCAACGACUGCCUGGCUCCCAUGCCCGAUUGCCCCUGCGAGCAGGAUGUGCGUGAUUCUGGCUAUGGCACCGAUCCACCCACAUCGCAUGCCAGUGCCAUUUCCUCGCCAGCGAGCUCUGAAGUCUCAUGCUCGGAUGGACUGUGCAAUCAUCAUCACGACAGUCUGCUAUUAGAAGAAGACGAGGAACGAAGCCUGGACGAUGUGGCGGCUCACGAAAGCUACGUGUCUGGCCUGCUUUAUGGCCAGCAGUUGCAAUCGGAGCCAAGGGUCUCAUUGCUGCAGAUGUGGCACGACUUUGACGACUACGAUAAAGACGAUGAGAACUGUUGUUACAUUCCCCAGGAUGUUGUGCUGGCCUAUCAAUACCAGCACGACAAGGUACAGCUUCAGCGCGAGCAGCUGCGCGCUACCUUGCGCGAGAGAUUCGAGCGCUUGUGCCUGCAGCGUGGUGUACACACCACCGCUACCGCCAUUACUACUACAGCCAGAUUGAAUGGCCAUUAAAUGCAUUAAAGAAAUACAAACCGUUGUAGUUAUUCAGUCGCACGUGGCGGUUUUUAAAAAUCCCACGCGCCUGCAUUCAAAAUACAUAUAUUUUUUUUUUGU